AAUUCCACAUCACAUUUUUGCUGUGGCUCCGUGUGCACAGUGCUACAACUCCACUGUUACCAACAGAAAGAGGAAGGCCCCUGAUGGAAAAUGUCUCUCCCCAAACACAUGGCAGCUCACUCGAUCCCACCUCACACUCUGGCCCAGCUGGCACGAGAGUGGCUGGCAGAGGAUACACCCAACUUUGACCCUGCAGGGGUGUGUGUGGGGUCACAGGAGGUGGAGGCCAGGCUGCUGUGUAAGAUGCCACACAGCAUUCUGGCGGGGAGUCCCUUCUUCACAGCCGUGUUCACUGAGGUUGGCUGCACUGUGGACUGGAUUUAUCGGGAAGGGGCCAAGAUUGGCCCAGAUGCUGUCACAUUGACUGCUGUGGUGAGAGGGCCGGCAAGGUGCCUCCUACUUGGGGAAAGGCCAGCUCUCAACUGCCUGGCCCGGGCCUCGGGGAUCGCCACUCGCUGUUCUCAGCUCCAGGCUAUGGCAACGGCAGGAGGAUGGCAUGGAGAGGUCGCUGGCACACGCAAGACCACCCCGGGCUUCCGUCUGGUGGAGAAGUACGCCAUGCUGGUUGGCGGCGUGUCCAUGCACCGACAGGACCUGAGUGGAAUGGUGAUGCUGAAGGACAACCAUGUCUGGGCGUCAGGAAGUAUCACAGAGGCGGUGAGAGCUGCCCGCUCAGUGUGUGGCUUCAGCAGUAAGAUCGAGGUGGAGUGUCGCUCUGCAGACGAGGGCAGGGAGGCAGCUGCAGCAGGAGCAGACAUUGUUAUGCUGGACAACUUUCAAGCUCAGGAGCUCCAUGUUGCAGCUCGAGCCCUGAAGAUGGAGUUCCCAGCUCUACUGACAGAAGCCAGUGGAGGAAUUACUCCAGAAAACUUAGCUUUGUAUUUCUCUUCACACGUGGACAUCAUUUCCCUGGGCUGUAUAACACAGGGCUGUCCUGUUGUGGACUUCUCUCUGAAGGUUCAAAAUCCUGGUGCUCACUCAAGGACAUUGUAAGAUUUUGUUCUGAUAAAUAAAGAGGAUCAUUUUUAA